AAUUCUGUUUAGUGUGGCGUCCUUAGUUUCUCACCGUUCCCAGACGCUAGGGAGCUGGGGAGGGAGUGUAAGAGGACUUUCUGUGCUGCCCCUUUAACUCCCGAACAACGGCCUAGUCCUUUAACAACACCGAACAAUAACACCGAUCUCACAACCACUGUGAUCCGGUUCUCUGAUGCUACGGAAGAAAGCGGGAGAAGAGUUAUUCAAACCUUGCUCUGAUUCUGUGCUGACCCAAAAGACAAGCUCAUGUUACAAUCAAAACGGUGCGCCUUCGAACGGCAGGUUUCUUCUGCGAGGCUCGGGCGGACGCCUGCGCAAACUGUAGAGCCGAGCUAUGGCGACUGAACAUCCCCCAGCAGAGGGAGCACAGCAGUCGGCCCUCUGCUCUGCCACCCAGCGGGCAGAAGAACCGCAGGAACCCAACUACGCCCUCAGACUUACUCUUGAAGGGCACUCAGCGGCCAUAUCGUCAGUUAAGUUUAGUCCUAACGGAGAAUGGCUAGCAAGUUCUGCCGCUGAUACGUUAAUUAUAAUUUGGGGGGCAUAUGAUGGGAAAUGUAAGAAAACACUCUGUGGUCAUAAUCUGGAAAUAUCAGAUGUUGACUGGUCUUCGGAUUCUAGCCGUCUCGUUUCUGCCUCAGACGACAAAACUCUAAAGUUAUGGGAUGUGAGAUCUGGAAGAUGUUUGAGAACACUCAAAGGGCACAGUGAUUUCGUCUUCUGCUGUAAUUUCAACCCACCAUCCAACCUCGUCGUUUCGGGGUCCUUCGAUGAGAGUGUGAAAAUAUGGGAGGUGGAAACAGGAAAGUGCCUCAAGACCUUGUCUGCCCACUCGGAUCCCAUCUCUGCCGUACAUUUUAAUUGCAGUGGGUCCUUGAUAGUGUCGGGGAGCUAUGAUGGUCUUUGUAGAAUCUGGGAUGCUGCCUCGGGCCAGUGUUUAAAAACACUCGCUGAUGAUAGCAACCCUCCCGUGUCUUUUGUGAAAUUUUCUCCAAAUGGCAAAUAUAUUCUCACUGCGACUUUGGACAAUACUCUUAAACUGUGGGAUUACAGCAGAGGCAGAUGCCUGAAGACAUACACUGGCCACAAGAAUGAGAACUACUGCAUAUUUGCCAGUUUCUCUGUGACUGGUGGAAAGUGGGUUGUGUCUGGCUCCGAGGACAACAUGGUUUACAUCUGGAACCUUCAGACUAAAGAGAUUGCACAGAAGCUACAAGGUCACACAGAUGUUGUGAUCUCGACAGCUUGUCACCCUACAGAAAACAUCAUUGCAUCAGCGGCAUUAGAAAACGACAAAACCAUCAAAGUGUGGACGAGUGACAUCUGAAGUCACUGGCAACCAACUGAUGUGUGAACUAAGUCAGAAACAAUCGAAAGGGUGACUUCUCUGAAGUUUGGCGUGGUUUUGUAGCUCUUGUCGAAUUGUCUUUGAUGUUAUGGGUUUGAGACAUUUUAAUUUGCGAAAUGAGACCACCGUAAAAAGCCAGUCUAGGACCUGCGGCUUCUGAUCUUAAUUUUGAGGCCCAUUGUCAAUCUCAUGUCUUGGUCCCUGGACAGCAUCGUUCCUUUCCUUUCAGCAGCUUUCUCAGAGGGGAGGGUAUUUGGAGUAUUCAGAAGGUUGACAGAACAGGAUGGCUGAGGGGAGGGGGACUUACAGUUUCUGUUUGGGAGGCCAUUAAGGACAAUGGCAUGCUUUGAGGGAGGAAACGAGAGGACUGAAGUUCUAUGUGUCACGUGCAUAUUUUGGGUGCAUAUUCUACAUGAUGGACCAUCUUAUUGCCACAUAAUCUGUCAGGCUGGGGACAGUAAGUCUGGUCAGGUUCAGUCUACAAGCCUUAUACUUCUGCCUGUGUUGUGGUCAGAGGACAACCCUCAGGAGUUAGGUCUGUCCUUACGCUGUGCGCUCCACAUAGCAAACUCAGGCCAGGCUUUCUCAGGGCCAGCAUCUUAAAUCGUUUUUGAGAAAGGGUCUUGCUCUGUAGCCCUGUAGGCCUGGCUGGCUGGAAAACCAGACUAGUCUCAAGCUCAGAGAUCCACUUGCCUCUGCCUCCUCAGAACCUUAAACAUUUAAUGAGAAAAUCUUAAAUCUUUUAUUAGAUUGUGCCAUUUUGUGACUUUUCAGGCAAAUUGUAUGUCAGGUUGUGACUCUUUUUUUUUUAUGUUACUGAAUAGAGAAUUAAACACAAUAAAAAUGAUUUGUAUAAA